GAGGUCAACGGUUUUACAAACUCACCAACAAGCGCGACCAUAAUUUUCCUCCUCGACAAGCAAAGUGCCAUCGUUUAACGAUGUCUGGUCCCAUAAAAUCGCAACUUCGCGCGGUAUCACUCGUACCGUGGCACAACAAUUCACUAAACGGAGAGGGAUGCAACAAUCGCUGUUAGAGUCAGCGGUGAGUGAGGAAGGCGACAGAGGUGGUACACAUAAUGAUUCUUUCGUUCAAAAGUGAUAAUAAGUGAAGCUAUAAAGCUUACCGUUGUUCUUCGGGAAAGAAAAAUCGAACGGUAAAGUUUGUCAUAGGGAAUAUCAUGUCACUGUUGAGGUAUAGUAAAACAUGGCCGUCAAUUCUUACCAAAAUGGCAAUCGUUCAGCUGCGGGUUGACUCCAAUGGAAGAACCUACAGCUCAAUUGUGGAACCGGCGUGUCUAACGGGGCCUACCAAUUUAGUGGAAUCGAAUCCCAACUUCCGAAUGAUGGGUCAACCGCAGAUUGUGAUUCAAACACCGGGUGAAACGCAGAUGGUCCUACCGGAUGUGGCCAAUGUGGGUGAAAUUAAAGUAUCCGGGGGUUCGGUUAGUGGUCAGUGCAAGUGCGGGAUUGGUGAGGCAGGUUGUGAAAUGAGUUUAAAAAAUGAAGAGCGAUUCAGAAGGCCCUACCGUGCGGAGUCGAUCAAGAUCGAUAAUUGGGAUUAUAUAUACACGGAGAAGAUACCCUUCAGGACUAUGGGAAGUAAUGGAGCUAGUGCCACCGCAGAAAUUCCGUGUGACGACCAUCGCUGUAUCACCGGACAGGCAGCUUUGAAAGCGUCCACCCUCCGCAGGCAUUAUUAUCCGGAGGGUGACUGGGGUUGGGUAAUUGUGUUUGUUGGGAUGUUUAGCAUAAUAUUGAAUCAUGGAGUGCAAAUAUCGGGUCCGCUGUACCUCCUGCCAGCUGGGGAACGUUUCAAGCAGAGUGCCGUCAACAGUACAGGUGAGUGACGUACUACAUGAUUACAAAAUUGGGAGCGGUUUUGGGAACGCAAUUAUACUCCGAUCUAUGCCAACAUGAACUGGGCGGCCCCAUUCGGUUGAAUCCGAUUAGUGUAGCAACACUCUCAUUAGUUUCGCCACAAUCAGUCCGAUAACAUCCCUCCGGCAGCAAUGGGUUACUGCAACGGCAGCAGUUGCAGUCCCAUCGGAUUCAAGCUGGUGAUAAAAGUGAAUGAAAAUGGAAGCAAAACCGCACAUCAACCGUCAUCCUCCCGCCAAAUCAACCACAAUCCGACACCCUGGCGAUGGUUGUCGUAAAAGUCAGCUCAAGCGAUACAACACAGCGAACGAGCAGACCGAAAGAAAAGUCCAAUUAUUCGUUUCAGUGAGAUUGG